AGGCGGAGCUGGGUGAGGCGGAGCUGACUGCAGCGCCUACGAGCCGGUCUGGGCGGCUCCAGUGUUUUGGGGCCUGGGAACUGUGGGAGGAGUCGGCGGCCUCACCUUGGUAACCACAUCGCUGCCCCGGCUCGGUCUUGCAGGCCUCAGCGCUGUCAUCGCCUUUGGGGUCCCGGGGACUUUGGCCACCGUUUCCGGAAGUAGCUCUGCAGGCCUCUUUGAGGCACCCCCAUCCUCCCCACGCCGCCGCCGCCGCCGCCGCCAUGCAGGGGGAGGACGCCAGAUACCUCAAAAGGAAAGUUAAAGGAGGAAAUAUUGAUGUACAUCCAUCAGAAAAAGCACUCAUUGUUCAAUAUGAAGUGGAAGCUACCAUUCUUGGAGAAAUGGGGGAUCCCAUGUUGGGAGAACGAAAAGAAUGCCAAAAAAUCAUUCGUCUUAAGAGUCUCAAUGCCAACACAGAUAUAACUUCCCUGGCACGGAAGGUGGUUGAAGAAUGUAAACUCAUUCAUCCCUCAAAACUAAAUGAGGUAGAGCAGCUGUUGUACUAUCUCCAGAACCGCCGAGAUUCCUUGUCAGGAAAGGAAAAAAAAGAAAAAACAAGCAAACCUAAAGAUCCACCUCCUUUUGAAGGAAUGGAGAUUGAUGAAGUUGCUAACAUUAAUGAUAUGGAUGAAUACAUUGAGUUAUUGUAUGAAGAUAUACCUGACAAGGUUCGGGGUUCUGCUUUGAUCCUGCAACUUGCUCGAAAUCCUGAUAACUUAGAAGAACUACUAUUAAAUGAAACUGCCCUUGGUGCAUUAGCAAGAGUCCUGAGAGAAGACUGGAAGCAAAGUGUUGAGUUAGCCACAAAUAUAAUUUACAUCUUUUUCUGUUUUUCCAGCUUUUCUCAGUUUCAUGGACUUAUCACUCACUAUAAAAUUGGAGCUUUGUGUAUGAAUAUCAUUGAUCAUGAAUUAAAAAGACAUGAGCUUUGGCAAGAAGAACUUUCUAAGAAGAAGAAAGCUGUUGAUGAAGACCCUGAAAACCAAACUUUGAGAAAAGAGUAUGAAAAAACCUUUAAAAAAUACCAGGGGCUUGUGGUAAAACAGGAACAGCUCUUACGAGUUGCUCUUUAUUUGCUUCUGAAUCUUGCUGAGGAUACGCGCACAGAACUAAAGAUGAGGAAUAAGAACAUAGUUCACAUGCUGGUGAAGGCUCUUGAUCGGGACAAUUUUGAGCUGCUUAUUCUAGUUGUGUCAUUCUUGAAGAAACUCAGCAUUUUUAUGGAGAACAAAAAUGAUAUGGUGGAAAUGGAUAUUGUUGAAAAACUGGUAAAAAUGGUACCUUGUGAGCAUGAAGACCUGCUGAAUAUCACCCUCCGACUUCUAUUAAACUUGUCCUUUGACACAGGACUGAGAAAUAAGAUGGUACAAGUUGGCCUGCUCCCCAAACUCACUGCACUCCUAGGCAAUGAAAACUACAAACAGAUAGCAAUGUGUGUACUUUACCACAUAAGCAUGGAUGACCGCUUUAAAUCAAUGUUCGCAUACACUGACUGUAUACCACAGUUAAUGAAGAUGCUCUUUGAAUGUUCAGAUGAACGAAUUGACUUGGAACUGAUUUCUUUCUGCAUUAAUCUUGCUGCUAAUAAAAGGAAUGUACAGCUUAUCUGUGAAGGAAAUGGGCUAAAGAUGCUCAUGAAGAGGGCUCUGAAAUUCAAGGACCCACUACUAAUGAAAAUGAUUAGGAACAUUUCUCAGCACGAUGGACCAACUAAAAACUUAUUUAUUGAUUAUGUUGGGGAUCUUGCAGCCCAGAUCUCUAAUGAUGAAGAGGAGGAGUUUGUGAUUGAGUGUUUGGGAACACUUGCAAACUUGACCAUUCCAGACUUAGACUGGGAAUUGGUGCUGAAGGAGUACAAGCUGGUUCCAUACCUCAAGGAUAAACUAAAACCAGGUACUGCAGAAGAUGACCUCGUUUUGGAAGUAGUGAUAAUGAUUGGAACUGUGUCUAUGGAUGACUCUUGUGCUGCAUUGCUAGCCAAGUCUGGGAUAAUCCCUGCACUCAUUGAACUGCUGAAUGCUCAACAAGAAGAUGAUGAAUUUGUGUGCCAGAUAAUUUAUGUCUUCUAUCAGAUGGUUUUCCACCAAGCCACGAGAGAUGUCAUAAUUAAAGAAACACAGGCUCCAGCAUAUCUUAUAGAUCUGAUGCAUGAUAAAAAUAAUGAAAUCCGAAAGGUCUGUGAUAAUACAUUAGAUAUUAUAGCGGAAUAUGAUGAAGAAUGGGCUAAGAAAAUUCAGAGUGAAAAGUUCCGCUGGCAUAACUCUCAGUGGCUGGAAAUGGUAGAGAGUCGUCAGAUGGAUGAGAGUGAGCAAUAUUUGUAUGGUGAUGAUCGAAUUGAGCCUUACAUCCAUGAAGGAGAUAUUCUUGAAAGACCUGACCUUUUCUACAGCUCAGAUGGGCUAAUUGCCUCUGAAGGAGCCAUAAGUCCAGAUUUCUUCAAUGAUUAUCACCUUCAAAAUGGAGAUGUCGUUGGACAGCAUUCAUUUCCUGGCAGCCUUGGAAUGGAUGGCUUUGGCCAGCCCAUUGGCAUUCUUGGACGCCCAGCCACAGCGUAUGGAUUCCGCCCUGAUGAACCUUACUACUAUGGCUACGGAUCUCGAUAAAGUCAUCCCUUUCCAUAUGUGUUCUUAGCUUAGAAGAAACCUGUGUGGGUUGGGUUGACUUGGAAUAUUGAGCUAAUAAUGCAUGUUGAUGCUAUUGCAGGUCUGUGCUUGUUUUUAUUGUUUCCUGUUGUUAGCUGCAGGUUAGCUGCAACCCUAUGUCCCCUGUUAAGUAGAGUGAAUGCUUGACACUGUUCAUCAUCGAGCCAUAUUUUGAUGCUGGAUAACAUUUCCCUUGAGACUCAGAAGUGGAUGCUGAAAAGCAACUAGACUGGAAAACAAACACUACAUUAUGUACACUAAGUGACUAAUUUAAUUUCUAUUAAAAAGAAACAUAAAGUACAAAUGAAUUAGAGAAAGUCAUGUGUUUCUAUUUAGUGUGUUUCAUUAGGAGUUACAUGCUUAUAUAGGGUGCAUAUGAAUUUUAUUUUUCCCUGCCUCUUUUCCCCCCUUGUAAACUCUCGAGUAUUUCAUGCGGCAUAUGCUUCCCUGAAAAUUUAUAAAAAGACGUCACCUUUUUAUUCUAUGCCAUGUGCCUGAAAGGUUGCUUCCCAGAGUUAUUAACUAUGAGUUUUCAAUUAACAAUGGAACAUAUGCCAUAUGUUGUAUAUGAGUAUAGUCUCUUCAACCCUUUGCAUUCAUGUCUUUCUGAUUUUAAUAUAGAAAGUCUGGGACAUCUAUUAGUAUGCAUGAAACUAGAUUAGUAUUGGGCUUUUAAAUUUUAUGAUUUGUGAAAUUUAAAGUAUGGAAAAGCUAAUUUUCCUCUCGAGGAAAAUUAAGAACAAUAUUUUGCUCACUAAGAUACUUGUUUCCCAUUUGUUCCCUUGUUAUAAGAUAGAUUUAGGUAGUAAGAAAUGGAAAGACUUUAUAAUUAAUCAUGAGUUUUGAAAAUAGCUCAAUGUUAUAAUGCUUAAAAUUUACUUAAGCAAGUAAAAUAGCAAUAAUCUGUAGCUAUUUCCUUGAGCACUUGCUGUGGAAGGAAUUAUGUAAGGCUUUGAAAGGAAUGCAUAGAUCAAAGACAACUUCUGUCCUUGAGUUUUAGAUCUCAUAGAUCUACUGCACUGUUUAUUGGCUUGAUUUAUAUUUAAGGAACAGUAGAGCUGGAAAGAGCCUUUGAAAUAACUCAGUCUAUCUACCUAUUUGAGAAACCAAUCACAUAAAAAUGUUCAAUAUAAUCAACAGAUUUUUAAACUACUGCUUAUGUCUAAGAAUAUGAUACUUCUGAGGGAAUAUGUAACUCUGAAAUAUGAUUUGUGUCUUUGAACUUACAACCUAAUUGAUCUUUCUGAAAACAUACAUUUGUCUUAGUUUCUAUUUCAAUCAUAGAAUAUUAAAACUGGAAAAGGCCCUAAAA